AUGUCUGAAAAGAAGGAUUGUGAUAAGGAGAGUUGCUCUGCUCUUGAAGUGCCAGAUUUCAAGAAUGCUUUGAAGCAGUUCCAGAAACUAGUUGAAAAAACAGUAACCCAAAAGACAAAGAAGAGAUUAGGCUUGUAUAUUGAAGAUGAGGAUGAGAUAGACUAUGAUAAGUUCUAUACAACUACACAGAAAAUUUUUGGUCCAGAAAUCAAGGAUCGUAACGUUAAGGCCUUUUUCAGAAAGAUUACCAACAACCUUGAUGCAAGGGCAGAAUGGUGUGAGAUUUUUGGCUAUUUCAUAGGAGAAAGUGAUGCUGUAUCUUCCCAGCUGAAAGAAGAAAACAUGGUUUUCCUUGUAUCUGAAAAACAGCAGAUUACUCAUGCAGUUGUCAAGAGACAAGAUGUGAUUAAGAGUAUAGUGAAGGUGCCCCAUCUGGAUUUCACAGUAACAUCCUCUCAGAAAGGAGUGCUAACUAUUUUUAACAACCAGAUGAAAGUUAUGGCAACGACCAGUGUUGAAAAUAAUUGCUUUAUCAUCAAACCAAUGGAAAAUGGUCUGCUCUGUGUUUGCACGGUGCCUAUGUCGGAUCACCUGGCUGAGGAUAAUAUCCUAAUGGGAGAUGAUAAGGGUUAUGUUCACCUGCUUACUGUGACGAGUGAUCACUUCGGAUUGAAGCAAUGUAAAGGCAAAAAAAAAUCACAACUUCAGGUCUUGGACUCCAAAAUUUUCAACAUUGUUAAACGCAAGCUACAUGAUGACUGGGCUGUGAAAGUUAAGUAUUUUUCUGACCUAAAUUGUUUUGGAUCCUGCUCCUCAGACAGCAUUCAUUCAUUUGUUUUGGAUGACAUAAAGCGACUCGGGGACGACUUACCUGUAAAGGAAUUUUCUGUCCCUAGAGGGGUCAAUGCUUUCACAUACUGUGGAAAAGCAAAAGUUGUUGUCACUGGAGGUAAUGACAAACUCCUUCGUUUGUGGCAUCCUGCUAUUAAUAGUAGGCCUACAGGGAAGCUAUCAGGACACCAACAUAGUGUUGUGGAAAUUGUGACAAAUGAAAAAGAUCAACAUGUCAUCAGCCUUUCCUCUGCAAAGAUAUUUAGAGUGUGGGAUAUACAGACCCUUUCACUGCUGCAGGUCUUCCAUGAUAAUCAAGGGAGUCCUGGAGAGAUAGAGACCAUUGCCAUGGUAUUUGACGAUGAUCGUGGUACACUUAUCACUGGUUCAGCUGUCAUUGAUAUUUAUCCCCUAACUCAUAUGAUACAAGACACAAGACAUGUGCCACAGACACAUGAGAAAAGCAUCAGUGUUCUGAUUUACAACACAGUUUUUCACCAGAUUCUCACUAUCUGCUCUGAGUCAAUACUGAAGGUCUGGGACCUAGAAACAGGAUAUCAAAUAUACCAGAUUGAAGACGCGCAUGGGCUGAAUAUUGAAGUGACCUGUGCGGCCAUUGAAAUAAAUGGUUUUUAUCUUGCUACUGGGGCAUGUGAUGGAACUGUGAAAAUUUGGGAGUUUGAAAGUGGGCAGGAAGUUAAAGCCUUGCCUUUGGCCCAGCACAGCAAAGAUGAGUGUCAUCUGCUGAAGAUAGUUUAUCUGCAGGCUGAUGAGAGUCAACAUGCGCUUCUUGUUUUGGAGCAGAGUGGGAAAAUGAAAAUCAUUCAGGGUAACUCGGUUCAAUCAUAUCUGUAUGUCACGUGGAUGCUUCCUGAGUCAGUGUCAUUUCCACGAAGGAAUCCAGUUGUGUCUCUCUCAUUGAAGCCUGACACUUUACAAACACAUGAAUUUUUUCCGGAUAUUCAGCUGCUGCCUGACACCAGUUCUCCAAGGACUGAUACAGAGACUUUUGUACCUUCUGUGGAAAUCAAGUGUUUUGAUGUUUUAAAAGUAGAAGGAUGCAGUUUGAUAGCUACAGGAAGUGCAGAUGGUGCAAUAAUUUUGUGGGACUUUGAAUCUGCUUCUGUGAGAUGCCUGUGUAAAAUUAAUGAAGACAGCCAGGCUUCAGUUCUUCAAGCAUCUGGAGUCAAUGCCAUGUUAUUCCUUGUACAUAGUGCUUUCACUUCCAGACAUGAGACAGGGACUCCUAAUGUAAUUGGAGCCAAGAGAGAUACAGCAGUGAAAUACCCCAAAGGAAUUAAUGGAUGUUUCUCUAAGAACGUGACACGGCCAACAGCCCAGCUGAAGUGCCUCUACACCAAUGCACACAGCAUGGACAACGAACAGGAGGAUCUGGAAGCCACCAUGCUACUAGAAAGCUACAACCUGGUUGCUAUAACUGAAACCUGGAAAAUUAGUUCCCUGCCCUCUACUACUGCUACCAUGAGGCGUGGUAUUAGGGUCAUUCCGGAGCACAAGAGCAGUUCUUUGAACCUAUGUAAGCAAAUAAAGGAGGAGCUCUGCUGGAGGGCACACUCUACUGAAGUGGUUGACUUAUUUCAUGAAGAGGAGAAAGAUGUGGUAGUGACAGCAUCUACUGAUGGUUCAGUCAGGCUCUGGCAUGCCAUGAACGGAUACUAUCUUGGUUACUUCGGACAAGCCAGGAAGUUUGAAUUAUCAGAUAUCAGUCGGUUGAUUUUGCCUUGUGAUGUUAAUAACUUCCCUACUAUAAUUAAAGAGGAAAGCAAGCAUAUGGAAAAGAAAAAGAAGUCUGAAUACCCUCUGAUGCUGGACAGGGACAAGUGGAAGUCACUGAUCAGAUCACCUUCAGUUUUAAAAAAGCCUGAACAUGUGGACAUAAUUCAGGACUUCAAGUUUUUCAAAGCUCUGGCUUCUCCAAAGGUCUUCAGUGGAAGAAAGCUGAGACGUCCAGUCCCACUGGAUGGACAAUGGAGACGGGUUUCAGUGGAGAAUAGGGUCAAGACAAAUAAACAUAGCAUCCAUCUUCAGGGAAGUUGA